AUGACGGUCAAGGUGAACCGAAGCGCGAUCGGCGUCGCGAGGGCGUUGACCGCGGGGACGACGGUGAAGACGGAGGCGAAGGGGAAGCGCGGGAAGAAACCCGCCGCCGCCGCGGGCGGGGGCGGGCUCCUGAACAACCCUUUCGGCGGGUUCGACGACAUCGCGUUCGACCCCAAAGUCGGGUUCGGAGACGACGACGACAACGACGCGUUCGACCUGAAGAACUUCGACAUCGGUCUGGAAGGGGACUUCCUCCCUUCCCCCGGCGUCGGCGUCUCCGGUGGAGGCGCGACGGUUGACGUUUCAUCUUCCGGCGCGUCGAAGACGAAGCAGCCGCCCGCGAAAAAGAAGCGGACGAAGGAUCUGAACAGGGACCUGGGCAACGCCUCCCUCGACGUCGAGGGCGUCGCCGUCGCGGCGCGCGCGGGCGCGGGGACGACCGGCGGCGUCGACGCUGACUUCGCGCGGCAGCCCGCCGGAGUCGGCGGGCGAGGGGGGCGCGGCGGCCGCGGCGGAGGCAGAGGCGCCGCCGCGAAGGCGAAGGCGACGAAGGUCGCCGUGAAGGUGUCCAAGGACGCGCUGUCCCCGACCGCGAGGAAAGCGGCGGCCGCGGCGAGGAAGAAGACGACCGCCGCGGCGGCGAAGCGAGAGAGAGAAAAAGCCGGCGUCGGCGUCCCCCGCGGCGGCCGCGGCGCGGGUCCGAGCCCCGGCCCCGGCGGCGCGGAUUUCGACGCGGUAUUUUUCGGGACGACGAAAGACGAAGCGGACGGCGCGUUCGGGGACGCCGCGGCGACGAUGCCGGACGGGGAUUUAGAUCUGCUGUUCGAUCCGGGGGGGGGCACGGGGGGGAUGUCCGGGGACGACCCGCUCUUGGAGGGGAUAUUCGGGGUGUAG